CUAAGUUCCCAUAAAAGAACUCACACGGGGGAGAAACCCUAUGAAUGCGUGGAAUGCCAUCUAAGUUCCCAUAAAAGAACUCACACGGGGGAGAAACCCUAUGAAUGCGUGGAAUGCGAAAAGAGCUUCAGUCGGAGAUCAAGUCUACGUUCUCAUCUAAGAUCACAUACGGGGGAGAAACCCUAUGAAUGCACAGAAUGUGGAAAGAGCUUCAGUGAAAGCAGUAAUCUUUCUGUACAUAAGAGAAGACACACGAGGGAGAAACCCUAUGAAUGUUUGGAAUGUGGAAGGAGCUUCAGUCAGAGAGGUAACCUUAGUUCACAUCAAAAAACUCACACAGGGGAGAAACCAUAUGAAUGCAUGGAGUGUGGAAAGACCUUUGGUCAGAGAGGUAAUCUUAGUUCCCACCAAAGAACUCACACAGGGGAGAAACCAUAUAAAUGCAUAGACUGUGGAAAGAGUUUCAGUAGAAACGAUCAUCUCUCUAUGCAUGAAAGAAACCACAUACAGAGACAUGGAGCAAAUCACAUGAUAAAGCCAUGCAACCAUAUAGAAUAUGGAAGCAGCUUCCAUCUAAGUGGUCAUCUUACUAUCCACGAAAGCUUAUACAUGAGCGGAAACCAUAUCAAUACAGAAAAUGUGGAAAAAGCUUCACUAUGAACAAUGACUUUACUUUACACAGGGAACAAUCUUACAAAUGCAUGGAAUGUGGGAAGAGCUUGUGUCAAAGGAGUUCUUCGAGGCUGUCCUGCUUUGCGCACGGUGUGGGAAGAUUUACUGGGAAAGAGAAGAAUGCUAGGAAAGGUGGAAUGCAGCAGGAAAAGAGGAAGAUC